GUUGUUUAUCCAAUUGCGCCGCACUCGGCGUACAUCGUCUCAGAGUCAGUAAGUUGUAAGCAUUCCUCGAGUCAAGAUGCAAAGACUGAUCGUAUGGAGCUUCGUCUUUCUGACGCUCGUCGCCUCAGCCCUUGCUGUUCAGGGCGUGAAAACGAGCGGAGGGCGGAAAAUCGGCGGUAUAAAUUCUGCCAAUUCGGUAGCAUCGAACAACACCGGACUUUGCUACAUGAGAGUUCCGUACAGUCAUUGGGUAGCUCUUAACGGAACGAAUACAACAAGUCGUCCGGUAUCCCCAUUGCCGAGGUAUCCUUCCGCGCAAGGCAAUCAACCCUGGGUGACACUGGUUGACUGCUGUGAGGGUUUUGUGCGAAACGGUACAUCGGACAACUGCAUUGCUCACUGUGAUCGUGGCUGCGAGGGUGGACGAUGUACGGGGCCGAACAUUUGCUCCUGCGAGCCGGGCUGGGCGGCUGAAAACGGGGUGUGCAAGCCGGUAUGUUCGCGGCCAUGCCGUCCCCACGCCUACUGCUUUUCUCCUGAACAAUGCAUUUGCCAACUCGGCUACAUAUCCGACGGAAACGAUCAGUGCAUACCCGUUUGUCCCGGCGGCUGCACCAACGGGGACUGCAUCGCACCAAGGACAUGUCGAUGUAAACCUGGUUACACCCUGACUGAUCUGAACCAGUGCGUUCCCACUUGCGAGGGCGGCUGUCCUCACGGCGAAUGCACCGCUCCUGGCGUUUGUACCUGCUACACAGGGUACGUGAAUCCACCAGGUGAGACGGAGGCUUGUAUCGCACACUGUCCCAAUGGCUGCUUGAACGGUGAGUGCACGUCUCCAGGAGUUUGUACAUGCAGGCCAGGGAUGACUCGGGACACCAGCGGGAGAUGCGUCGCUGAGUGUGAAGGUGGGUGUCCAAACGGCUACUGCGUGGGGCACAACAGGUGCGAAUGCAACUCCGGAUUCGUGCUCAAUCCCGCGACGGGGAAGUGCUCCGGUACCUGCCAGUAUCCUUGCUUGAACGGAGAGUGCACCGGAGCCAACGUCUGCACUUGUAAACAAGGCUACGUCCUCGAUACUUCCGAUCCGACCCGCAGCCGUUGCAUCGCAUCUUGUCCCGGUGGGUGUCCUAACGGUGUCUGCUCUGGACCAAACUUCUGCAUCUGUAAUCCUGGCUACAUCAAAGACCGCAGUGUCAAGGGACGUCAACGUUGCGUGCCCCGGCAUUAGGGGGCGCUCGAAUAUUUUCUUAUAAUGUAUUUUAUUGUUUACUCGAAAUCUUGAGUAAAUCCAAGAGAUUCGAGCAAUUUUUUGUACAACUUGAAGGCGCAGCUGUAUCGUUUGCUUAAUAAAUUCUUUAUCACUGUG